AUGUCUGCCAAGGCCAUCAGAGAGUACCAUGGUAAGAACAUCCUGGCGCGCCACCUCAAGGAGCGAUCCAAGGGCCAGUUCCUUCUGGACAACAAGCGCGUCCAUGUGUCGCCGCAAUCGCCGGCCGCUUCGCCCAUCAAGGCCGUCCUCGAGCAGCACCCGUGGCUGGUGACCGACAAGCUCGUCGUCAAGCCGGAUCAGCUGAUCAAGAGGCGCGGAAAGUCGGGGCUCAUCAAGCUCAACGCCACGUGGGAGGAGUGCGAGCAGUGGCUCCAGGAGAGGCGCAGCAAGGAGGUCGAUGUGGAAGGUGUCAAGGGAGUGCUCGAGUACUUUGUGGUGGAGCCGUUCGUGCCCCACGAGGCUUCGGAUGAGUACUACCUGGCCAUCCGUUCGGGUCGCGAUGGCGACGAGAUUCUCUUCCAUCACGAAGGUGGCGUUGACGUCGGUGAUGUCGAUUCCAAGGCCCUCAAAGUGAUGGUUGAGGUCGACGAGAGCGUGAGCGUUGACACUGUGCGCAGCAAGCUGCUCACGAGCGAGACCAUUCCCGCCGAGCGCAGGGAGCUGUUGGCCGAGUUCAUCGCCCUUCUGCACGCCAUCUACGUUGAUCUCCACUUCACUUACCUCGAGAUCAACCCGCUCGUCGUGGUCGGCAACAACGUUCACGUGCUUGACUUGGCCGCCAGGCUCGACCAGACUGCCUACUUCGAGUGCCACAAGGGCUGGGGCGAGAUCGAGUUCCCGCCGCCCUUCGGCAGGCCUCUGCUCGAGGAGGAGCGCUACAUCCAGGAGCUCGACUCCAAGACCGGCGCGUCCCUCAAGCUGACCGUGCUCAACCCCAACGGUCGCAUCUGGACCAUGGUCGCCGGCGGUGGCGCCUCCGUCGUCUACGCCGACACCCUGUCCGAUCUGGGCAUGGCCAAUGAGGUGUGCAACUACGGUGAGUACUCGGGCGACCCCACUGAGUCGCUCACCUUCGAGUACGCCAAGACGAUCCUCUCCCUCAUGACCAAGGGCGAGCCCAUCCAGGGCGGCAAGGUGCUCAUCAUUGGCGGUGGUAUUGCCAACUUCACCGACGUGGCGGAGACAUUCAAGGGUAUCGUCAAGGCCAUCAGGCACUUCCAGGAGCGCCUCAGGAUGCACAAGGUCAAGAUCUACGUGCGCAGGGGUGGUCCCAACUACCAGGAGGGCCUCCGCUCCAUGCGGGAGAGCGUCGAGGGCAUGCAAAUUCCCAUCGUCGUGUCCGGCCCCGAGACCCACAUGACCGCCAUUUGCCAGCUGGCCAUCGAUGACCUGAAGAGCGCCAUUGAGGGCGGCGAGGCCUCCAGCAUGACCCGCAACAAGAGCUGGGGCAACCUCGAGGCGGCUGAAAGCCCCGAGCUGCAGUUCAGCCCCCAGGCUCCUCCCGCCGACGGCCCCAAGCAGCCCGUCACGGUCUCGAUCGCCGACGGUCUCCCCACCGACGAGAGCCGCACUCUUGCCCAGUCGCAGGGUGCCUACGCCCAGCACAAGCCCGUCCACACCCUCUUCAGCAGCGAGACCCGUGCUGUCGUGUACGGCAUGCACCCCGUCGCCGUGCAGUCCAUGCUCGACUUCGACCACCUGUGCGGCCGCAAGCAGCCCUCGGUGUCGGCCAUCGUCUACCCGUUCGCCGGUGCGCACUACCGCAAGUUCUUCUGGGGCUCCCAGGAGAUCAUGAUCUCCGUCAUGCCCUCGCUCGCCGAGAUCUUCGCCAAGAACCCCUCCAGCAAGCUCGACACGCUGGUGAACUUUGCCUCGUGCCGCUCGGUCUAUGAGUCAACCAAGGAGGCCCUGGCUAUCCCCAACAUCAAGACCAUCGCCAUCAUUGCCGAGGGCGUGCCGGAGAGGCGCACGCUCCAGCUCAUCAAGCUCGCCGAGACCAGGCCCGAGGCGGCCGGCGGCCGCGUGACCAUCAUUGGUCCGGCCACCGUCGGCGGAAUCAAGCCCGGCUGCUUCCGUAUCGGUAACACUGGUGGUCGUCUGGACAACGUGCUGGCCAGCAAGCUCUACCGACCCGGCAGCGUCGCCUACGUGUCCCGAUCCGGUGGUCUGUCGAACGAGCUCAACAACAUCGUCUCGCGAAACACCAACGGCGUCUACGAGGGUAUUGCCAUCGGCGGCGAUCGCUACCCUGGCACCACCUUCAUGGACCACCUCCUCCGAUUCCAGGCUGAUCCGGGCGUGAAGAUGAUGGUCCUGCUGGGUGAGGUCGGCGGCACUGAGGAGUACAAGGUGUGCGAGGCCCUCAAGAACGGCACCAUCACCAAGCCCAUCGUGGCCUGGUGCCUGGGCACGUGCGCCAAGAUGUUCCCCACCGAGGUCCAGUUCGGUCACGCCGGCGCCUGCGCCCACUCCGACCUGGAGACCGCCGACGCCAAGAUCCGCGCGCUCACCGAGGCCGGCGCCCACGUCCCCUCGUCCUUCAAUGAGAUCGCCACCCUCAUCAACAAGGUCUACACCGAUCUCGUCCAGAAGGGCGUCAUCGUCGUCGGCAAGGAGCCCCCUCCGCCCAAGAUCCCCGUGGACUUCGCGUGGGCGAGGAAGCUGGGUCUUAUCCGAAAGCCCGCUUCGUUCAUCUCCACCAUCUCCGACGAGAGAGGCGAGGAGCUCAUGUACGCCGGCAUGCCCAUUUCCCAGGUCUUCGAGGACGAGAUCGGCAUCGGCGGCGUCAUCUCGCUGCUGUGGUUCAGGAAGAGGCUGCCCCAGUACGCCUGCAAGUUCAUCGAGAUGGUGCUCAUGAUGACCGCCGACCACGGUCCCGCCGUCGCCGGUGCUCACAACACCAUCGUGACUGCUCGUGCCGGGCGCGAUCUGGUGUCUUCGCUCUGCUCGGGUCUCCUCACCGUCGGUCCCCGUUUCGGUGGUGCCGUGGACGGUGCGGCCAAGACCUUCUCGUGGGGUUACGACACUGGCCUCAGCCCCUUCGAGUUCGUCGAGGAGAUGCGCAAGAGGAAGGAGCUGAUCGCUGGUAUCGGCCACAAGGUCAAGUCCAUCCACAACCCUGACAAGAGAGUGACGAUCCUCAAGGAGUUCGCCCUCAAGCACUUCCCCGCCCACCCGGUGCUGGACUACGCCCUCGAGGUUGAGGUGCUCACCACCAAGAAGAAGCCCAACCUCAUCUUCAACGUCGACGGCUGCAUCGGCUGCUGCUUCGUCGAUCUGCUCAGGCACUGCGGCGCCUUCGCUCCCGAAGAGGCUGAGGACUACCUGAAGAACGGAUUCUUGAACGGUCUGUUCGUGCUGGGUAGGAGCAUCGGUUUCAUUGGCCACUUCCUCGACCAGACCAGGCUCCAGGAGGGACUCUACAGGCACCCGACGGACGACAUCUUCUACAUGACCACGUCGGGUCCCGACCAGUCGGUUGUUCCCCUCUAA